CAACAGGGUGUCUGCACUGAACCACAGCUAACUACUUAUUCAAUUCUGCCUAGAUCUCUGCUGACAACUGGUAAAGCAGGAUUUAGAUUCUGUCCAAAACCUUUCAUUGUAACGAAUCAGUUGGAAGAUCACUAUUGGAAAGGAUCCCACCCAAUUUCCCAGUCCUAAAGGAGCCGUGUGUCUCUCUCUGUGCCUGGAGUCCGGGGGCAAAAUGCCAGGGCUCUUUUGGGGAGGCUGGAGGUCAGCCUUACUGAGCGCUCUCCGUGGCCUGGUGCCAGACCUGCAGUCUGAUGAGGAGUUUGGUCCAGAGGUUUCUGAACGACAUGUGAGACAGCAGAAGAGGAUCAAUGAGUCACUUCUACUUUUUGCUGCUAAAGAAAAUAGAGACCAGGAUAUUUUUAAACUUGCUCAUUGUCCUUCAUUUAACCCUUUGGAAACAGGCAUACUGGGGGAGACAGCAUUGCAUGUAGCCGCUGUGUACAAUGCCAACAGGGCGGCAAUCGCUCUCCUUGAUGUGGCUCCUGAACUCAUGAACAUUUCAAUCUCAGGCGAGCUCUAUGCAGGAGAAACAGCCCUUCACAUUGUCGCAGCGAAUGGGAAUGUGCAGCUGGUGAAAGAACUGAUAAGUCGCCAAGCUGAUGUAGUCACACCUCGUGCCACUGGGACAUUCUUCAGGAAAGACAGCAAGAGCAUCAUUUACUAUGGUGAGCAUGUGCUGUCCUUCGCGGCUUGUGUUGGGAAUGCAGAGAUCGUCCGGUUUCUGAUUGAAAACGGGGCAGACAUUAGGGCACAGGAUUACCUCGGUAACACGGUUCUGCAUGUUCUAGUGCUCCAGCCUAAAAGGCCCUUCAUCCCACAGAUGUACGAUACAAUUCUAUCCUAUGACAAGGCACAGAAUGAGCCUGCAGUUGACAUGAUCGUCAACAGGAAUGGACUGACUCCCAUCAAGCUGGCAGUGGUCGAAGGAAACAUUCAGAUGUUCCAGCACCUAUUGCAGAGGAAGGAGCACAAUGUACACCGACCCUAUGGCCCUCUGAUCAGCACUUACUAUGACCUCUUGGAGAUCGAUUCAUGGAAUGAUGACCUCUCUGUGCUGCAGCUGGUGAUUUCCAGCAAAAACAAGGAGGCCCUAAAGAUCUUUCGUCUAUCCCCUAUGAAGGAGCUCCUCCGAUUAAAGUGGAAUAGCUACGGAAUGUAUUAUUUCCGACUUCUGGCAUUCUUGUACCUUGUCUACAUCACCAUCUUCACCUUCUGCUGUGCCUACCGCCCACUUAAACCAAGGCCCGAAAAUGCCACCAAUGAGAGAGACUCCAUGUUGUAUGUUGAGAGAACACUGCAGGAAAGCUAUGUAACUUAUGAAGACCGUGUGCGAUUGGUGGGUGAGAUUGUCAGUGUGCUUGGAGCAGUCAUCAUCGUUCUAUUGGAGAGUCAUGACAUAUUGAGGUACGGACCUAAGGAAUACUUUGGAAAAACUGCCCUGGGUGGACCUUUCCAUCUCAUCAAUAUCUGCUAUGGAGUGCUAGUGUUGGCUGUGCUCGUGUUAAGGCUGACAUCAAUGCCUGGAGAGACCAUCCCCAUGUCCUUUGCACUUAUCCUUGCCUGGUGUAACCUCAUGUACUUCGCUCGAGGUUUCCGCUUGAUGGGACCAUUCACCAUCAUGAUCCAGAAGAUGAAACGGAGGAAGGAAGAUCAAACGAAGAAUCAGACCCUGAUCAUAUUCGAGAUUAUCCUGCCCUACUUGGUGUUGAUGCUCAUUCUGAUUCUGGCUUUCACAUGCAGCGUCCAUCUGUCAUUCCAAAUCUUGGACCCUGCAAAGUGGGAACGCUUUGUGGAUUUCAGCACCGUCCUCUUCAACAUCUACCUCCUCUUCUUCGGCCUCGUUAACAUGCCCCUGAACUGGGAGGUGAUCCAGCCUGAUAUGGCCCGCUUCCUCUACGCUGUUUAUACCCUGCUGGCUUUCGUCAUCACGGUGUUCCUCGUCAUCCACAUUAUGGGUGAACUGAUUCGCCGAGUGUCAAAGCAACAUGAUGACCUCUGGAGGGCACAGGUUGCGUCCACAACGCUACUGCUUGAACGUCGACUCCCAAGAUGCCUGUUUCCUCGUCUGGGAAUCUGUGGAAAGGAAUAUGGACUCGGUGAUAGUUGGUAUCUCCGAGUGGAUGACAGAAAUGAUAAUGCUGCCCUGCAAAUCCAUACUUACAACGAAGAUGUGGAUGCCAAAGGAUGUGACGGAAGACUGAAGAAAGGAGGGACAUUGGAUAAGAGUGAGAGGUGGCACCGGCCACGCCAGGGUUGGCAGAUGGUGCGGCACAGAAAGAUGGGUCAGAAUUGUCGUGACCUUUACAAUGAGAGCAACUCUGAAUCCUGUCUUAUUUAAUGUCGCAAAGAUAGCGAUCCUUCACAUCAUCUUGUUCCAGUGCCAGAUAGCAACUGCUCGUAGAUCGUAGACAAACCAACAAUUUGGUCCCGAUCUUAGCUUUACUUUCUGUAGAUUAUUCAGCUCAAGAUGACCCCAUUGAAUUUUUGUUUAAUGUAAACUAUAAGAUCCAAAGUAUUUUUCUCAAAGUUUUUGAGAGGCUCCCAUUCCCCAUUUAUUGCUGUGAGUAUAAACACUCCUUACGAUUGCUGCUUAAAUUUCCAACUUCGCAGAGUUCUAAAAAAUAUUCCAUCAUGCGUAUUUUACAUACACCAAUGACACAAAUGUCCCUGCUCACCCCUUGCUCAGAAAGGGUACAGAAUGCUAAAUGGCAGCAGCAUAUACUUUCGGUGUUGCUGAAUGACUGACGCAGCGCUGUGCCCAAUCCUCAAUAUUGAUGCUUCGGGCCAGAUUUUAACAUUCCCUCGAGUGAGUGAGUUUUGACUGUCUUAAAAUCAGGGUCAAAUUAAACUGGGCUUAUGUUACAGAAAGAAAAAUGCUCAGUCUCUUCCCUGUAGAUUGGUUUCUUCACAGAGUGACCACCAUCUCAACUCAAACUGUCAGGGAGAUAAUGGCAUAGAGCACAGGGAAGCAGACGGUUAAAUUGGGAAUGUCACCAUUCUGGCACUUCCUGACCUCCGUCCCCACGGCCCUAAUUGGAUUUCCGAUUGGCUGUUACAUAAUCCCCAAGUGUUUAAAUUAAACUAUUUCUGCACUCGGAGACAGGCUCAAAGUCAAGGGGAUAGGGACAGGUGGAAGAGAAGUAACCCUUCACAUGAACUCUAUCAGAUAAUUAGAUCUUGACAGAGGACUGAGAGUUUCACUCUGAGCCUAAUCCGCACCAUACUUUGCCAGGGAAUGAUGAGGCGGUGUAGAAAGGGUUUUAUUUCACAUCUAACAGCGUGCUGCAUACAAAAUGACUUAGCAUUUACAUGACAGAGGCAGACCAUUCGGUCCAUCUGGUCCAUGUUGGUGUUUAUGUUCCACAUGAGACUGCUGCAACUGGAUUUAUCUACUCCCACCCACCUCCCAUACCCUCACUUCAUUAUCAGGUAUACACAAAACCUCUGUGGUGCUCUCUGCUUCAAACCCUCCACAUAGCAGCAGGCUCCCCAUUCUAACCACUCUCUAACUUCAAUUUUAACAACUCCUCAUCCAAUCAGACUGCUGUGUUGCUUGUUGGGGUGGGUUGGGGAGGUGUGGGCUUUUGUUACCAUGCCGUGUCCACUUGCUGGCCUGACUUCCAUUCCAAGCAUCUGCAGUUCCCAUUAUCUCUCCCAUUCCAAGCAGACAAGGGGCCUGCUUUACAUCUGUGCCAGGGCAUGUCCUACGCUGAGUAUGACCCAACCGGCAAAAGGAAAUGGGAGCCACAAACAGGUCAAAUGAGAAUAAAGGAGACAGUUCAAGAUCUCUUUGUGGGAGAACAAGAAGCAGCAGUGCCCUACCCAGCUGCUGUAAACAGACCAAGGGCCCUACCCAACACUGGACAUCCCCCAUCCAGGAUGAAAAUUCCCUAUUCCCAAAUACAGCUUUACACGCUGAUUCCUAGUCCGUAUACAGGCUCUCUCUCCAACCCAACACCCUGGGCCCGUCCAAAACUGAUCUCCAACAAUUUAAGUACUUCUGAUGAUUGAUUCCAGAUCCCUGCAGAUGGCUUCUACUUGCAAAGCCAGUGACCCUCUUUGCCCAGAUACAACUCUAUGACCAUCUUAGUGGAUAAGUGGAAUGGAGGCUAUUAUCAAUUCAUUAUGUGUUCUUAUUGAAUGGCAGUGCAAGCUUUUCCGCUCCUAAUUUUUCAGUUUGUAGAUUCUCCAUUCACUGCCUGCUUUGCACAAUGUGAUAUUGGCCAUGCCUUUGUCCACAAGGUGAAGCACAAUGCGAAGGGCAGCACUAACUCGCAGUGUGCUAGAUGGGCUGAGUGGAAUUGCAGCAGGAAGGUGCUUCCUUGAGACAGCUGCCUAACUCUGUUGUGGCACUGUACUCUCCAAUGGGCAAAGACUUAAGCCAGUCACCUUCUGUAAU